UAGUUUUACGAUAUUUAUUUAGUUGUUUACACUAACAAAUAUGGCUGCCAAUCCUUCACUGGUAAUGCGGAUUGUGUCCGCCUCUGUAGCAGUUUCAAAUCGUGCCAGCAAUAUUAUCAGAAAUGUAUUAACGAAAGGAGAUCUUGGAAUCAUUGAAAAGGGGAAGAAUGACCUUCAGACAGAGGCUGACCGUUCUGCCCAGAGAUGUAUUGUGGCUUCUUUACACAAACAGUUCCCUAAUGUGGCCAUUUUCGGUGAAGAGCAACUUGACCCCCAAGAGAAGAUUCCCAAGGAUUUCAUAGAGCUUGGAUUCGAUGAAGAAGUGUUGAAACAGUCCUGCCCAGAAUACCUCAAAGAAACGAAACCUGAAGAUGUUGUGAUAUGGGUGGAUCCAUUGGAUGGCACUGCUGAAUUCACACAAGGCUUCCUGGACCAUGUGACAGUGUUGAUUGGCAUUAGUGUUAAGGGGAAUGCUGUAGCGGGAGUCAUUCAUCAGCCAUGGUUUAAUUAUGAGAAGCCUGGAUUCCCAUUAGGAAGAUGUAUCUGGGGAGUUAUUGGCCUUGGUUCAUUUGGCUUUGAGAGGGAGACUCCACCAGCAAACAAGAUCAUAGUUACAACCAGCAGAUCUCACUCAGACAGAAUGGUGACAGAGGCAGUGGAGGCAUGCAAUCCUGAUGAAGUGGUCAGGGUAGGAGGGGCAGGUCAUAAGGUACUUAUACUAAUUGAAGGAAAGGUACAUGCUUACGUAUUUGCUAGCAAAGGAUGUAAGAAAUGGGACACUUGUGCCCCAGAAGCUAUUCUACAUUCCGUGGGAGGCACCCUAACAGACUUUCAUGGUAUCAGAAUGAAUUACGGUGCAGAGGUCCAAAGGAAAAACACAGGAGGGGUCCUUGCCACAGUCUCCAACCAUCAACAUUUCUUGGGCUGCAUUCCUGAGCACAUCCGAGACUGCAUGGACAGAAGUAGUGAGGCACCACCCUUGGAUUUCAUGGGAGUUACCAUAUGUGGAGGAGCAGACUUGGAGGGGGCCAAAAAAGAUGAUACCCCAACUCUAGACAAGAGUCCCACCCCAAAUGAAGAUACAGAUGGGAAAGAUGCUAAACAAGAUAAUGCCCCAGUUCCUGACAAGAUCCACACCCCCAAUGGUGCCCCAGGCUCCACCCCCUCCAGUGACGACAAUCCCAGUGACUCUGUACCAAACAACAAUGCCACUACCAAAUUGUAGUCAAUGACUACUACACAUAGUGUUUCUCGUUUAGAUAUAUAUGCAAUCUCAGCAAAUUAUAAUUAAGUUCCUUCAAUACGAGUUUCAUGGUUAUUCAAAUUCUAUUGCAUGUAAUUUGUUUCAUAUAUUAAUUGAAUGUGUGGGUGCAAUGUGAUACUUGGUACAUAGAUAUAGCUAUAUACACAUCAGAUGAGUAUAGGUGUAAUUUAAUAUUGUUUUCAUUUAUUUCAUCAGUGGAGUAGAUGUUGUGCUCUUAUUUUUCUCAUUAUUAUGUGUGUAAUCAGUGUACAUAGUAUUGAACUUAUACUGUACUUGUCAAUGUUUACAACGUGUGUGUUAUCUCAUUCAUGUUCACAAAGCUAGUAAUACUAUAGAUUCAGGGAAAUUUGCAAGGCUUUUAUUCUCAUGUAAGUUUAUUCAAGAUUACAAUUUCACGUAAAUAUAGUUUUCUCCAAAGUUUCUAAUGCUCACAGGUAUUGAGACGUUAACUUACACUUGUCAAAGUUUUUUCUUGCUUAUAAAUUCAUAAUGCCAAUCUUGUGAAGAUAAAAAUAAAUAAUUUCUUAAUGUAGUACCAAUAGUGUAUAAUGCACAUUAUGUAAUAUGCUUUUUCUUGAAAAUUUACUUUCAUUGUCCUUGAAAAAAGAGGUUUCCAUAGUGAAGGAUCACAGUAAAUAAAUUUAGUUAUCAUUUUUUGUUUAUUAUAGAGAAGACUAAACACAUGUUAGCCAGAUUAUCACACUCUAAUGGCUUUACAAGGGCUGUUCCAGUUAAACAUAUUGAGGGAGGCUUUGAUAUACGGGUAGCCUACCAUAUACAGUUUCCCAUCCACCGACACAUUAGUUAUCCAUACAAUAUUUCUCCAGGACCCAAAAUAUUUAUUGCACAUUUUUGAUAAACAGAUAGAUGAGAUAUACCAUUCAUUCUAUGAGAGUUUUAAUACCCAUGUUACUCCAAGUACAUCAACUACAUGUACUUUGCUUUCACCUUUGGUCUUCAUGCACAGUCCUGCAUGAAUCAUGGGGGAGCAACAGCUUGGGUAAAGUGUGCAAAUUUUUUUUUACCAAGUCUGGGUUGUCACUUGGCAACUGAGUUUGUCGAAUAUGGUAGAUGUUAUUUAAAUAAUUAUUAUGGGAAAAGUUGCUGUUACAAUCCAAGGAGAGCACCCUGCAAUAGAAGCACUUUUAACACAAAUGUGCUCUGCCCUUUUAUGCAGUUUAGCUUUCUGCAAGUACUUACCCCAUCACAUAUAUAUAUUUAAAGAGUGUCGUCACCCUGCAUAUUGUGUAUGUUUAAGUUGAAUACCCUUAAGGGAAGUAGGUAACCUUGAUCAUUCUGGCAGAACUUAUUUUCUUUGUAGAUACAUAACAUUUUCAGUGAUUUUUUUUUUGAUUUUUUUUUUUUUGCUGCUUUUCCUUAACACUGUGGAGGGAUCCAAUUUUAAAACACCAUUCUGCCAUAAAAUGUACUCCCAUAUAGAUUUUCAUAAUAUCAUUUGAUGUGUGCACAUGUGUAUUUGCCAGUCUGAGUUAAUUAGGAUCUUGUUGUUUUUUCAAUGUAUAGAUUUUUCAAAAUCAAGAUUUUUGUAAUGGAGCUUUAAAUUACUGGUGAUCUCAGAUGAGAUUUUUCUGCAUUUAAUGACCUGUAUGUGUGCUAGUAAAAUAUGUAAACAUACUACGUCAUACUGGUCUCUCCAGUAUCCUUUUACGUAACGAGUCGUGUAGGCUGUUAAAGUUUCCAUUGAGCUACUUAAAUCUGGCUGGAAAACCUGCCAUUCUCAUUGUUGGUGUUUACAUUAUUCACUGCAUAAAAAUGGUGCCAAAGCCGAAAUCUGACAUUUUCAAAACGUGUUUUGGCAAGACUAUCAAUUUUUUUUACCCAUCACCAUGUCAUUUUGGUUAAUGCCAAAAAAGUGACUUUGCUUUUAAAAGCAUGGGAAAUAUUCAGGGCCCUAAACAAAUUAAAGUUUUUGACCUACCUUCAGAAAAGCUAUGUAUACUUGAUAUAACAUGUUUUACAAAUUUCUGUUAGGAUAAUUGUACAUAACUUGAUUACAUCUUCUGCAACAUGUAGUACAUAUACACAGAAUAUACUAAAGAGCUGUCCGAGUUAUGAUUUGGUUCAUUUUUCAUGGAUCACUAACUUUAUAUUUAACACCCAGUAGAUCUAGUCAUGCUUAUAUUAUCAAACAUUGCCAAUCAAGCUCUGAGUAUGAAUAUAGUGUUAUUACAUAUAUCCAGGGUUAUGUUGCAAGUAUUUUUUGAUUUGUCUUCCUUUAACUGGAUUAUGCCGACAUUUAACACAUGUACUACAAUGUAUAAGCUUUUUUUAAAAUAUGUACUAAGCAGGAUAAGAAAUUAUUGUUGCUCUUUUUUAAAGUUUAAAGUUUGUGUUAUGUUACUUCAGAAAAUUAUUAGUUGAAACUUAUUAAAAAUUAUAUUUUGUCUUUAUAAUAAAUUCUUUAAUGGAAAA